AUUUGUGAAUGAGACGCUCAGUUUCUCAAUGGAGCGGCGGGAGACCCGGGCGGCCGCAGGGCUGGCGGUGAGCAGGGAGAGGGGAGCGUUGUCCAGUCUCCUCCCUCUGGCCUCCCUCCCUCUGGCCUCCUUGGCUUUUGAGGAACGGCGCUGAGAGGCAGCCGCGCGGGUCGCCGGGGCCCACAGCCGGAGGACUCUUCGUCCCCUCCGGAGGUGUGGGAGCGCCGCAGAGGAGGCCGGACGCCCAGGAGGCCAGCGGCCUUCGCUUGGGCCUAGAACGUUCUUGAUUUCAUAUUUCCUUUUUUCCCCCCGAUUAAAUCUCAGCUCCCCGCCUGCACUUUUUUUUUUUUUUUUCGGGAGAGGAGGGGGAAUGUGAGGAAAGGAGCAGAGAAAAUAAACAAGGAUUUCCGCUCAGAAGAGAGCGACAGCUCGGAGAGCCCUUCGUGAGCAAACAGCGGCGGCGUUGGCGGGGCCGCCGCGGGCGCGGGCCCGCCGGCCCAUCAUGCGCGAGCCUGCCCCGGGCUGCUGAGCGGUGGCACGAGGAAGCCAAGGCCACAGCGUGGGCCCCAGCGCUCCCGGGCCGGUUCUGUUAGCGGGUGGCGGCGGCGGGAUGGAGCCUGCGACCGCGCCCCAGGCCGACAUGGCGCCGGAGCUGACACCGGAGGAGGAGCAGGCCACCAGGCAGUUUCUUGAAGAGAUCAACAGGUGGACAGUUCAGUACAACGUUUCCCCUCUCUCUUGGAAUGUGGCUGUAAAGUUCCUCAUGGCCCGGAAGUUUGAUGUGCUUCGCGCCGUAGAGUUGUUCCACUCCUACAGGGAAACACGAAGAAAGGAAGGCAUUGUGAAGCUGAAACCUCACGAGGAACCUCUCCGUUCUGAGAUCCUUAGUGGAAAAUUCACCAUCUUAAAUGUUCGAGACCCGACAGGAGCCUCCAUCGCCCUCUUCACUGCCAGGUUGCAUCAUCCCCACAAGUCAGUCCAACAUGUGGUACUUCAGGCUCUGUUUUACUUACUAGACAGAGCUGUGGAUAGCUUUGAAACUCAGAGGAACGGACUGGUGUUUAUCUAUGACAUGUGUGGUUCUAAUUAUGCCAACUUUGAACUGGAUCUUGGCAAGAAAGUCCUGAACCUGCUGAAGGGGAUUCCAACCCCCAGGUCACGGACAGGUACAGGUCCUUGGCCUGUUAGGAACUGGGCCGCACAGCAGGAGGUGAGCGGCAGGCUGGGCAAGGGAGCGAAGCCUCCCCAUUCUGCACCCAGCACUAGCAUCACCGCCUCAGCUCCACUUCAGAUCAUCAGGUGUCAGAUUCUCCUAGGAGCACCGGUCCCUGGUGCCAAAAAGGGAGCAUUUCCAGCUCGUUUGAAGAAAGUGCUGAUUGUGGGAGCACCCAUAUGGUUCCGAGUGCCCUAUUCCAUCAUCAGCCUCCUCCUGAAGGACAAAGUUCGGGAGAGGAUUCAGAUAUUAAAGACAUCUGAGGUCACUCAGCACCUGCCCAGGGAGUGCCUUCCAGAAAACCUGGGUGGGUACGUCAAAGUUGACCUCGCCACUUGGAAUUUCCAGUUCCUACCCCAGGUGAACGGCCACCCGGAUCCCUUCGAUGAGAUCAUCCUGUUCUCCCUCCCUCCUGCCUUAGACUGGGACUCAGUACAUGUUCCAGGUCCCCAGGCCAUGACCAUCCAAGAGUUGAUGGAUUAUGUUAGCACCAGGCAAAAGCAGGGGAUAUAUGAGGAGUAUGAAGACAUCCGUCGUGAGAACCCUGUUGGCACUUUCCACUGUUCCAUGUCUCCAGGAAACCUAGAGAAGAAUCGCUAUGGGGAUGUACCCUGCCUGGACCAAACUAGAGUGAAGCUGACAAAACGAAGUGGCCAUACUCAGACAGAUUACAUCAAUGCCAGUUUCAUGGAUGGCUACAAGCAGAAGAAUGCUUAUAUUGGUACACAAGGCCCUUUGGAGAAUACCUAUCGUGAUUUCUGGCUUAUGGUAUGGGAGCAAAAAGUUUUGGUGAUUGUCAUGACCACUCGCUUUGAGGAGGGCGGCAGGAGGAAGUGUGGCCAGUAUUGGCCUUUAGAAAAAGACUCUCGGAUCCGAUUUGGCUUCCUCACAGUGACCAAUCUAGGCGUGGAGGACAUGAACCAUUACAAGAAAACAACGCUAGAAAUUCAUAACACAGAGGAGCGGCAGAAACGUCAGGUGACCCACUUUCAGUUCCUGAGCUGGCCAGAUUAUGGUGUCCCCUCCUCAGCAGCUUCCCUCAUUGACUUCUUGAGAGCGGUCAGGAGCCAGCAGCGGCUGGCUGUCAGCAGUACGGGAGUGCGUCCCAAAGGGCAGUGCCCUGAGCCACCCAUUGUGGUCCAUUGCAGUGCAGGCAUUGGCAGGACAGGUACCUUCUGCUCAUUGGACAUCUGCCUGGCACAGCUGGAGGAGCUUGGUACCCUUAAUGUGUUCCAGACGGUGUCCCGCAUGAGGACCCAGAGGGCCUUCAGCAUCCAGACCCCUGAGCAGUACUAUUUUUGCUACAAGGCAAUCCUGGAGUUCGCAGAGAGGGAGGGCAUGGUGUCCUCCAGCCACAACCUCCUGGCCAUGGAGGGUCAGUAACUGUCCCAUGAGCCUCCUACAUGCUGGCCAGCCUUCCUUUAAACCACCCUGGACAUCGCUGAGCCUAUAGGUUGCCAUCAGUUACGCUGAAGCCAUGGACCAACCUCUUGUGUCUCCCGGUGCACGCAAGGCAGCCUUUCCCUUUGGCUAGAUAGAUAUGGUGAAAUUGUCACUAGAAAGGGCCGCAGCAAUGUGUUCUUAAUUCCUAGCACCUGCUAUCGAACUGUGCCUUAUUAAAACCAAAUUGUGGCUAUUGAUUUUUGCCAGGGGCCCUAAGGUAAGUGGGGAAGGAACUCCCCCCUUUCCCAAUGCCAUUCUCUUUCUGGAGGUCUCUUUCUCAUUCCUUCCCUUUGCUAGGAUUUGAUGGGGAGGUUUGGUGAGCAUCCACCUUCCUUCCCAGAAAGCUUGACCAAGUUACAUAUUCUAGAAAACGUCCCGAGUGCCAAGCACGUUUAUACCUAGGGCGUGUAUUCCAGUCUUUUCUGUAUUUCUGUGUGUGUGUGUGUGUGUAUGUGCACUUAAGUGUAUGGGUCCACAUGUAUGUGUGUUAUAAUAUAUAUUGUAUGUGAUAAUAUGGUUGUAUUCUAUAAAUACAUAUACACAGAGUUAUUCCUUUGUAGAAGUUCCUGGGGUUCCGUGUUGCAAUUCAGGAGUCAUUGCUUCUUGGACCCUCCCUUUUAUCCUGGACUAGUGCAUGUCUCCCGUUGUUAGACCGCAGAGUGGUGGAAGAGGACACACACACAUCCAUUCUCCAUGCUCCUGCCACAGGCCCUCAUCCUUACAUAAUGACUUAGCUCUCUCCAGGAUGCUGCCUGUUAGAGCCAAGAAUACUGGUUUGUGGUGACACUGGUUUAAUACAGCAUGGGUUGCCAUUACCUAAUGAUUUUCCUUUGUUUACUUUGCCGAUUUUGCAAAUAGACCUCCACUGUGAUUCCAGACCCUCUCUUUCUUCUCGCUAUCACUUAGGGAUUGGGGUCUGGGGGUAGAGAUGAACUCACUGAGCAGCCAGAGCCAAAAGUAAUCGGUACACUGUCCUAGAAGGAAAAAGAAGGAGCUCAGGUAUGAGAGGGAGGAGACUACUAUGAGAAGCUCUCCCUGGAAGAAUGAGUUGGGGGCCCAUUUUUCUUUUGCUGGAAGAUUCCUUUCCUUAUGCAUCUUGGCCCUGUUGACUCAGAUGCCCAUCUUUUUCUGCCUAUUAGCUUGCCAGACCCUGGAGCUCAAGUUUUGUGUUAAUAAAAAGCUUAACUCCUGACUGGGUGAGGCAGUCCCCUGUAAUUACUAUUUUCUCCCCAUUCACUCAACCUGUCCCUGUCUGCUCCCAUCCUACCCAGCCUGAUAUGCCAGGGAUGGAAUCAAGAGUCCCUAGCACUCUACAUUCCCCCUCCCAAAAAAUCCCAGGAACCCUUAAACAUUCCCCUAUCACAGAUGAGGUUGGCAGCUAGCUGAUCAGACCUCAAUAAUUUUAUACUGUAAUAAGCUCUUUGAAUGUAUAUGUUCUUAUUUUUACAAUCUUUUCAUUUUGUAUUUAAUGUCAAUGGACUGAGUCAGAUUCAGAAAAUAAUUGUAAAUGUUCAUAUUCAAUAUCUUACACCGAUACAGUUUUGUAUUUACAUAUAAAUAUACCAACAUGAUCAAACCC